AUGAAGAAGCAAGAAAGCGAAAAGCAAAAACAAAUGAUAGAGGAAUGGAUAGAUGAUAAGGACCUACAAAAAGAGAAAGAGGCCAGACAAAGAGAAAAGGAGAAGAAAAAGAGUAAAGGAAGGAUGAAGGAAGAAAAGAAGAAAGAAAGGAGGAGAGAAGAAGAGAGAGGAGAAAGAGAAGAAGAA